CCGAAAGAGAGUCUAAUUGCGUGUGACUGAGGCGGGCUCUCCUCUCUUCUCCUCCCCAUGCUGCUACCUGCGCGCUGGUCCGCGGCGGCUGAGGCCAGCAAUGCGAGGCGGAGGUAGGAGAGCAGGAGGAGGAGGAGGAGAAGGAGAAGGAGAAGAAGAAGAAAAAGGGGAACAGCAGCAGCAGCAGCCGCCGGAGCAGGAGGAGCGUCGGGAUCACCCUCCUCCCCAACCCCAUCCUCCCUCAACAUCCUCCAUGUGUCUCUCUCGUCCUGCUGACUAGGAUGUCAACGGAGGAACAGAGUCUGACGCCGGUGGUGGAGCAGCAGCAGCCAGAACCGCCGCCACAACUCCCUGAGCCAGGAGCUCCCCCCACGGCAGCCGCCGCCGCCGCCACAGACAAAAGACCUAGGGGCCGGCCUCGCAAAGAUGGCGCUUCCCCUUUCCAGAGAGUCAGAAAGAAGCCUCGAAGUAGAGGAAAACCUGCAGUGGAGGAUGAAGACAGCAUGGAUGGGUUGGAGACAGCAGAAACAGAAAACACUGUGGAAACUGAAAUCAAGGAACAAUCUGCAGAGGAAGAUACCCGAAUUGAAGUGGAUGGUGACAAGAAGCUAACACCAGUUCUUCAGCGCUCAGCAUCUGAGGAAUCUGCAAGCUCCAUUGCCUCUGUUGGUGUUGAAGCAAAGACCAGCAGUGAACAGCUCUGCGCCUUUUGUUACUGUGGGGAACGAAGCUCUUUGGGACAAGGAGAACUUAAACGAUUCAGUCCAACACCAGGGUUUAGUGCUCCAUGGAACAUCCAGCCUUUAAAUAAGAGUGAAACUGGUGACAGCAAUGAUGUUAUUUGUGAGAGUACUCCAAGGCAGAACUCUGUCCUGCGCAAAUCAAGAGGGCAGAAGAAAGAGAAGUCUCAUCAAAGUAUAACAUCUUGUACAACUAUAAGCACUCAAACUAUUCCUGAUGAUCAGGUAGUCAAAUUCUGGGAUGAACUCAGAAUGGUUGGCUUACCAGAUGACAUUGAUGUCCAAGCCUUAUUUGAGCCAACAGGUUACUGCUGGGCUCAUCACCGCUGUGCGGAAUGGUCACUGGGAGUUUGCCAGACUGAAGAGCAGCUACCAGUGAAUGUGGACAAAGCUGUUAUCUCAGGGAGCACAAAACGAUGUGCAUAUUGCAAGCACCUUGGAGCCACUAUCAAAUGCUGUGAAGAGAAAUGCACCCAGAUGUACCAUUACCCAUGUGCUGCUGGAGCAGGCACUUUUCAGGAUUUUAAUAAGUUUUCCCUUCUUUGUCCAGACCACAUUGACCAGGCUCCACAAAGAUCAAAGGAAGAAGCAAACUGUGCAGUCUGUGAUAGCCCUGGAGACCUCUUAGACCAACUUUUUUGUACUACCUGUGGCCAGCAUUACCAUGGGAUAUGCCUGGAUAUACAAGUGACACCUAUAAAACGGGCAGGUUGGCAGUGUCCUGACUGCAAAGUGUGUCAGAACUGCAAGCAUUCUGGAGAAGAUAACAAGAUGCUUGUAUGCGAUACAUGUGACAAAGGAUACCACACUUUUUGUUUACAACCGGUUAUGGAUGCUGUACCGACAAAUGGCUGGAAAUGCAAAAACUGUAGGAUAUGUGCAGAAUGUGGCACACGGACCAGUAGUCAGUGGCAUCACAACUGUCUUAUGUGUGACAAUUGUUACCGUCAGCAAGAGAACCUGCCUUGUCCUUUCUGUGAAAAAUCCUCCCACCCAGAGCUGCAAAAAGACAAGUUGCGCUGUCAUAUGUGCAAAAGGUGGAUUCACAUAGAAUGCGACAAACCUCCUGAUAAUGAACUGGACGUGCAAUUAAAAGAAUACAUUUGUAGUCUUUGCAAACAUUUGGAAGUGGAAGAGGAGCAGGCACAAUCGUGUGAUGUGAUGGGAACUGCCCAACUUCUUCCUGAAACUGGCACAGACGAAAUGGAAAUAGAAGAUGGUGCAAACGAUGUGGCGAAUGAGCACCAACUGGUAACAGAUAGUGGUCUUGCUCAAGAUUCAACAGUUAGGUGUGCCACAGAUGGUUUCUCAUUAAAAGAAAAGAAUGAUGAACUGGAAAUGGAGGUUUCUGAUCAUUUUGAUACAGGUGAAAUGGAACCAUCUCCUAAACAAUCUCCUGAACCUGAUGGUAAUCACGCUGAUAAAAAGAUGGAAACAGCAGAGAAUAUUCCAGAUGCAAUGCAGCAAGUGUCAGAUAAGCAGAAUGAAGAAAUGAAGCCAUCACAGCAAAGCACUGAUUUGUUGGAAAUGUCCACAGAGGAAUCUCCACCUCCACCUAUGACAUCUGAGGAUAUAGCAAAGAUACCUGAAACUUUCAUUUUAGUCAAUAAAGACAGUACCUCCUGUAGGAAGGAAGAACAAUUAGAAGUAAGGGUGGUGCCAAAAGGUGCAAAUGGAGGAAAUACUCCUGAAAAUUGUGAAACAUCAUCUCUUCCUGCAAGUGAAAGUUGUGCCACUGACAGUUCACCAUUAGGAGAUAAAUCUCUAAAGUCACCAGCUGAGGCAUUUUCUUCAUUUCCAUCAUCUGUUGAAAUAAACAAGACUAGUGUAUCUUCCUCACCAGCAGCCUCAAUAGAGUUAGGCUCUUCACACGACAUGAUGCGUAGUCAAACAUCAUCGCUAGAAUCCUCUGCAACACUUCCAACAACAUACGUAUCACUCACUCCAAAAAUUGGAAUGGGAAAACCAGCUAUCACCAAAAGAAAGUUUUCUCCUGGGAGACCAAGGUCAAGACAGGGGGCUUGGAGUAGCCAUAAUACAGUGAGCCCACCUUCCUGGUCCCCAGACAUUUCAGAAGGUCGGGAAACUUUUAAAUCCAGACAGCUACCUGGCAGUGCCAUAUGGAGCAUCAAAGUGGGUCGUGGAUCAGGGUUCCCUGGGAAACGGAGACCUCGUGGUGCAGGCCUUUCUGGAAGAGGUGGUCGAGGGAGAUCAAAAUUGAAGAAUGGAAUUGGAUCUGUUCUUACUCCAGGGGUCACAGAUAUGGACAUUUCAUCUAUCAAAGAUGAGGAGGAAAAUGCAAUGCACAAUACUGUUGUUCUAUUUUCUAGCAGUGACAAGUUUACUUUGCAUCAGGAUAUGUGUGUAGUUUGUGGGAGUUUUGGACAAGGUGCAGAAGGCCGAUUGCUUGCCUGUUCUCAGUGCGGUCAGUGUUACCAUCCAUACUGUGUCAGUAUUAAGAUUACAAAAGUGGUGCUCCACAAAGGUUGGAGAUGUCUGGAGUGCACUGUAUGUGAAGCCUGUGGGAAGGCUACAGAUCCAGGAAGGCUGCUCCUUUGUGAUGACUGUGAUAUCAGCUAUCAUACUUACUGCCUAGAUCCACCACUGCAGACAGUUCCCAAAGGAGGCUGGAAGUGCAAAUGGUGUGUUUGGUGCAGACAUUGCGGAGCUACUUCACCUGGUCUAAGAUGUGAAUGGCAAAAUAAUUACACACAAUGUGCACCUUGUGCAAGUUUAUCUACCUGCCCAGUCUGCUGUUGCAAUUAUAGAGAGGAAGAGCUCAUUCUGCAGUGCAGGCAGUGUGACAGAUGGAUGCACACAGUCUGUCAAAACUUAAACACAGAAGAAGAAGUGGAAAGCACAGCUGACUGUGGUUUUGACUGUACCAUGUGUAGGCCAUAUAUGCCACCAGCAAAUGUGCCUUCCUCUGAAUGCUGUGAAUCAUCGAUUGCAACCCAAAUUAUAACAAAAGCAAAGGAACUUGACCCACCGAAGACAUACACUCAGGAUGGAGUCUGUUUGACAGAAACGGGGAUGUCUCAGUUACAGAGCCUCAGUGCUGUUGUACCAAGAAGAAAACGGACAAAACCAAAGCUCAAGUUGAAGAUCAUAAACCAGAAUAGUGUGGCUGUACUCCAAACACCACCUGACAUCCAGUCAGAACAUUCAAGGGAUGGCGAGAUGGAUGACAGUCGAGAAGGAGAACUCAUGGAUUGUGAAGGAAAAUCAGAUACAAGCCCUGAAAGGGAACCUGCAGAAGAUGAUCCUAAGGGGGCAGAAGAAACUGAGGGGAUCAAAAAGAGAAAAAGAAAGCCUUACAGACCUGGCAUUGGUGGAUUUAUGGUACGCCAGCGGAGUCGUACAGGACAGGGGAAAACAAAACGAUCUCUCUCCAGGAAGGAUUCUUCUGGCUCUGUAUCUGAGCAGAUACCUUGUAGAGAUGAAAGUUGGAGUGAACAGCUACCAGAUACACCAGUUGAUGAAACUGUUUCUGAAAAUACAGAAAAAAUUAAAAAGCGUUACAGGAAAAAGAAAAACAAGCUUGAAGAAAUCUUCCCAGCAUACUUGCAGGAGGCCUUCUUUGGAAAAGACCUUCUAGAUACCAGUAGGCAAAGUAAACCAAGUUUAGAUCAUUUAUGCGAAGAAAGCCUUAACAUUUCAUACAAAACAAAUUUGAGCACAAACUUCUUAGAUCCAUCUUCAGAUCCUCUUCUUAGUUCAACUUCAACUCCAGCUCCAUCAAAAUCUGGAACACAAGGUACCUCUGAUGACCCAUUAGCUGCCCUUGUGCUGAACACUGAUGAUGACAUUCUUGGAAUUCUUUCUGAAGAUUUAGUAAAAUCUGGAGAUCAUCCAGGUCUUGAUUUAUGCACUUUCCAGGUUGAGAACUCAUCCUCCCCCUUUGCUGGGCUAGAUAUUGGACCCAUUUCUGAUGAUCCCUCCUCUCUGCCUCUGCAAAGUGUCAGUCAGAGUUCACGGCCAUUGAGUGAAGAACAAUUGGAUGGAAUCCUGAGCCCUGAGCUGGACAAGAUGGUCACAGAUGGUGCAAUUCUUGGUAAAUUGUACAAGAUUCCAGAGCUGGGAGGAAAGGAUGUUGAAGAUCUGUUUACUGCUGUACUGAGUCCUGCAGCUACUCAGUCAACUCCUUUGUCACAACCCCCACCACCUCCACCACCACAGUUAAUGCACUUGCACAAUCAAGGGGAGAAUGCAUUUUCAAGAGUUCCACUUAUGAAUGGCCUGAUUGGACCAAACCCCCAUCUCCCUCAUACAUCUUUGGUUCCUGGAGGCGGAUUAGGCAGUUUUUCUACUAUAUCACAACCACCGUACACAGACGCUAGAGAUAAAAACACAGCUUUUAAUGCAGUGAUAAAUGAUCCCACUAACGCUUGGGUUCCGUCUGCUGCCCCACUGGAAGGUGAAGGUGAUACCAUGUCUAAUGCACAGAGAAGCACUCUGAAAUGGGAGAAAGAGGAAGCACUUGGUGAAAUGGCAACUGUAGCACCUGUUUUGUACACAAAUAUCAAUUUUCCAAACCUAAAAGAGGAGUUCCCAGACUGGGCUACGAGAGUGAAGCAGAUUGCUAAACUGUGGAGAAAAGCAAGCUCACAGGAAAGAGCUCCAUAUGUGCAAAAAGCCAGAGAUAAUAGAGCUGCCUUACGUAUCAACAAAGUGCAGAUGUCUAAUGAUUCCAUGAAAAGACAGCAACAACAGGAUAGCAUUGAUCCAAGCUCUCGUAUCGACACUGAACUCUUUAAGGACCCAUUAAAACAGAGGGAAUCAGAGCAUGAGCAGGAGUGGAAAUUUAGACAGCAAAUGCGUCAGAAAAGUAAACAACAAGCUAAAAUUGAAGCAACUCAGAAACUUGAGCAAGUGAAAAAUGAGCAGCAGCAGCAGCAGCAGCAACUCCAACAACAACUUGGAUCACAGCAGCUUUUGAAUCAGUCGGGUUCAGACACACCUAGUAGUGGGAUGCAGAGUCCUUUAACCCCUCAGACUGGCAAUGGAAGUCUGUCUCCUGCACAACAGACGUCAUAUACAAAACAACUGCCUGGUACUCCUACUCCUUCUGAUGUGUUCCUAAAACCACAGGCCCCUCCACCACCGGUGACACCAAACAGAGUGCCCAUUCCAGAUGCGCACUGUCAGGCUCCGUCGCAACCGAUUUUUCCUCUUUGCUCCUCUACUAGACCACCUUCUCCUGUUGACCCGUACGCAAAAAUGGUGGGAACUCCCAGGCCACCACCAGUUAACCAAAAUCCAAAUUUUAUCAGAAGAAAUUCUGUUACAUCAGUAGAUAUCUGUCCACCGCCAUCACCCAUAUCCAGGCCAGUUCAGAUAUCUGAGUCAACAGGAAGCCGACCAUCACCAGUCAGAGAUUCGUGUUCUUUGUCUCCAGUCAACAAUGACCCGUACGCAAAAGCUCCAGAUACACCCAGACCUGUAAUGGGAACAGAACAGUUCUCCAAAUCUUUAGGAGUCUCAAGAUCACCUCUCAUUCUAGAACAACCAGGCAAAGCUCCUUUAACGGUGGCAAACAGUGACCCAUUUGCUAAGCCACCACUUAGGUCAGAUGUGUUUCAAAGACCCCGGACUUCUCCUGCUGAUCCGUAUGCACGGCCACCAUUGACUCCCACUCCUGUUGCUGAGGGAAAUUCAGGUCCCUUUAAAACCCCAAUGCGCCCAACUCAGUCCCCACAAGAUCCUUAUGCAAAAAUGCCACCAACUCCAAGACGCGCAGCUGUGGAUCCCUACGAACGACCUGUUUUGACACCGAGGCCUGUGGAUAGCUUUUCUCACAAUCCAGCUAAUGACCCAUACAGUCAGUCUCCUCUAACUCCCCACCCAGCAAUAAAAGAGACUUUUCCCCAUCCACAAAGAGUAAUGCGAAACCAGAGCGAUUCAUUUUCUCAGUCUGGAACUAUUUCAAGGGCAACUGCUCUGGAUCCAUAUGCCCAGCCGCCAGGUACUCCUCGGCCAAUCACAGACCCAUAUGCCCAGCCGCCGGGUACUCCUCGGCCAGUCACAGACCCUUAUGCCCAGCCGCCGGGUACUCCCCGGCCAAUCACAGAUCCUUAUGCCCAGCCGCCGGGUACUCCUCGGCCAAUCACAGACCCUUAUGCCCAGCCGCCGGGUACUCCUCGGCCAAUCACAGACCCUUAUGCCCAGCCACCGGGUACUCCUCGGCCAGUCACAGACCCUUAUACCCAGCCACCAGGUACUCCUCGGCCUGCCAUUGUUGACCCAUAUAUGCAUCAGCCACCCACACCAAGACCUGCACAGACAGCAGACUUAUAUGCUCAGGUUCCAGCUAAUCAGAGGCAUUCUGAUCCAUAUGCUCAGCCUCCAGGCACACCAAGGCCUGUAGGUAAUGAUCCAUACACACAACCACCAGCAACUCCAAGGCCUGGAAUUUCAGAAACUUACAAUAGACCAGCUCUAAAUCGGGAUCCUUAUCUGCAGGCAUCACAGAACAGGACUUUUGUAAGGCCAUCAGAUCCAUGUUCUCAGCCUCCAAAGCUCUCGGGACCUGCUGUGACAGAUUCUUUUAGCCAUGCUCCAACAGCCCCAUCUUGUGGCCCUUACGAUCAGUCUCCAAUGACUCCUAGACCUCAGCCAGAAAGUUUUGGAACUGCUCAGCAUCCCCAUGAUGUUCCAGAGCAGCCAAGAUCUGGAUCAGAGGGGAACUUUAAUGCAUCUGUAAAUUCUUCCAUGACCGUGCAAGGAAAACAGUUUCCCCAAACCACUCAAGUUCCUGGCCCAGCACCAACUUCAGGAGCAACCAGUACACAGAACACAAUGUCUCAGGCAGAUGCAGAGAAACUAAGACAGCGCCAGAAAUUACGUGAAAUUAUUCUGCAGCAGCAGCAACAGAAGAAGAAUGCAACCCGUCAAGAAAAAACCCAACAAGAGCCUAGCCCAGCACCUCGCACAGGACCUAUUCAACCAUGGCAGCAAGAAAAUCUGAACCAGAUUUUUAAUCGUCCUCCUCCUCCCUAUCCUGGAAAUGUUAGGUCAUCCCUUGCCCCACCCAGCGGAUUAAGGUUCACAGGUUUUCCUGUCGAUGGGCAGUUUAAUAGACCCCAAUUUCCAGGAGAUAUGGGUGGCAUGGGAAUGAGGCCUCAUGGAAUUAGAUUUGGUUUUUCUGGAGGUGGUCAUGGGCCUCCACCAUGUCAAGAACGCUUCCUUGGUCCUCCACAACAAAUGCAACGUCCUGGUGUUCCACAACAAAUCAGAAGAUCCAUGUCUAUAGAUAUGCCUAGACUACCUAACAAGCCUCAAAUGGGUAACCCUAUUGGACUCUCACAGCAUUUCCCACCCCAAGGUAUUCAGGUUCAGCAGCACAACAUAAUGGGGCAGGCAUUUAUUGAGCUCUGUCACAGGGCUCCUGAAGGCAGGCCAAGGCUUCCUUUUAAUCCCUCAUCAACUCCUGUUAUGAACGCAGUUCCUCAGCAUCAGCAACAUACAGGAUUUAUACCUCGGCAGGACUGUCACGGACCAAGACACCUAGAGCCAGUGAGAUGUAGUUCUCAAAGCCUAAACAAUCCACUGCAUGUGUCAGCAGGUUUGGAGCAUUUGCCGCCAUCUCAUCAAGGCACAAUGAAUCCCAACCAACCUCCUGUACUAGUCAUGUGUUCUUUAAAUCAUCCACCAGUUAUUGAUGCUUUUUCAGCAUCAAUAACAACACCUGUUGAGGCAGCAGGUAACUUACAGCCCACUGACACAUUAGAAGAAAAGCUUGAUACGGAUGAUCCCUCUGUGAAAGAUUUAGAUGUCAAAGACCUUGAUGGUGUUGAAGUUAAGGAUUUAGUUGAUGAGGACCUUGAAAAUCUAAAUCUAGACCCAGAAGAUGGCAAAGGAGAUGAACUGGACACAUUGGAUAAUCUUGAAACUAAUGAUCGCCACCUUGAUGACCUUCUUAGAUCAGGAGAAUUUGACAUCAUUGCCUACACUGAUCCAGACCAUGAUUUAGGUGACAAAAAGGGCAUGUUUAAUGAGGAGCUGGAUCUUAAUGUCCCCAUAGAUGAUAUACAAGGCAAGGCAGAAGAAGCUCAGCAAAAACAUCAAGAUGAGAAAGCUGCCAUUCCUGCAGACUCACUUUCUCCUCAGAAAAAACCUGUUGAAGUGACUGAGAUUAAAACAGAAGUGCUGUCGCCAAAUACAUUAGAAGAAACUAAAUCUGAAAAUGAAAAAAGUGAUGGAAAUAUGUCAGCCUCAAGCACUCAGCUUAUGGCUGAAGUAGAGUUGCAUGAUGGAGAAACAAAAUCUAUGCUGCCUUGUAAUGUGGAAAUAGCUGACAAAACAAAUAUGAACGAGGAAACCACUGUGUCCAGCCCAGAUGCUCUUCAGGGCCCUGCUCUAACAUCUGCUCAAAGUAUGGCAAGUUCUUGCAAUAUCUCUGGAUCUACUCCAGUUCUAACAAGUUUGCUAGCUAAUGAAAGUUCGGAAAACCCUGACGUUGGGCCACUGGGCUCUCCCCCUCACCCAUUGCCAGCAGCACAAACAAACCCUGUUUCAGGUAUUCCGCAAACUUUAAUGACAUCUGCUGGUCAAACCAUGGAAAAUGCAUUGCCUGGUGUGAACAUGGUUCAAAAAAUAAGCCAUAGCUUCUCGCAAGGGACAGCAGUAAACCCAGGCUUUAUCCCCGGCCAGCCAGUUAGUCAUAGUUUUGGGUCAGGGCAGCCUGGUAAUCAAACUGUGCCUGUCUUAAAUCGACCCGGCCCUAGCGGUAUGCCUGUUCCCCAGCAGAUGAUGCUUCCUCAAACAUUAGCUCAGCAACAAAAUCGCGAGAGGCCUCUUUUGCUCGAAGAACAGCCGCUUCUGUUGCAAGAUCUGUUGGAUCAAGAAAGACAAGAGCAGCAACAGCAGCGACAGAUGCAAGCCAUGAUCCGCCAGCGUUCAGAGCCGUUUUUCCCCAACAUUGAUUUUGAUGCAAUCACUGAUCCUAUAAUGAAAGCGAAAAUGGUGGCUCUGAAAGGGAUCAAUAAAGUAAUGGCACAGAACAAUAUGGGAAUGCCACCAAUGGUCAUGAACAGAUUUGCCUUUAUGGGUCAAGCAGUGCCAGGAGCGCAGAGUGGUGAAGGCCAGAAUUUAAUACAACAAACAAUGACACAGGAUGGAAACCUAACACCUCAGAUUGCUAGGCCAAACCCUCCAAAUUUUGGUCCUGGUUUCGUAAAUGAUUCACAUAGAAAGCAAUAUGAAGAAUGGCUGCAAGAGACGCAGCAGCUUCUUCAAAUGCAGCAGAAGUUCCUUGAAGAGCAAAUUGGAGCGCACAGAAAAUCAAAGAAAGCGCUCUCUGCAAAACAGCGCACUGCAAAGAAAGCCGGCCGAGAAUUCCCAGAGGAAGAUGCAGAGCAGCUUAAGCAUGUUACUGAGCAGCAGAGUAUGGUUCAAAAACAGCUUGAACAGAUACGAAAGCAACAAAAAGAGCAUGCAGAACUCAUUGAAGAAUAUCGGAUUAAACAGCAGCAGUGUGGCAUGGGGGCCCAUGCGAUGAUGCCAAGCAUGCCGUCUCAGCCUCCAAUGGCCCCAGGCGGGUCACCACCAGCAAUGGGGCAGCAGACUUUCCCGAUGGCAUCACAGCCGCUUCAGCACCAGCAGCAUACAGUGGUUGCACCUGGGCAGCCCAACCCAGCCAGGAUGCCCAGCUUACCUGGAUGGCAACCUCCCAGUGCUGCUCCAGGACACAUCCCCCACAAUGCACCCAGGAUGCCGCCUCCAAUGCCACCGCUGCCAGUUAACCCUGUGACUCCCACCUCUGUGUCGGUUCCCAGCUCCAGCGUUCAGUCAGGGCCCCCGCCACGCGUGGAGUUUGACGACAACAACCCAUUUAGUGAAAGUUUCCAAGAGCGUGAGCGGAAGGAGCGUUUGCGAGAGCAGCAGGAGAGGCAGCGCAUUCAGCUCAUGCAGGAGGUGGAUCGGCAGAGAGCGUUGCAGCAGAGGAUGGAAAUGGAGCAACAUGGGACAAUGGGCUCCGAAUUAAAUGCCAGGACGCCCUUGUCUCAAAUACCGUACUUCAGCUCUGACAUACCUUGUGAUUUUAUGCGGCCUCCGCGCCCUCUUCAGCAAUCUCCACAGCAGCAGCAGCAGCAGCAUAUGGGACCCAUGUUGCAGCAAGGACCUUUGAACUCUCCACCUGCUGGCAACUUUCCACAGUGUAGUGAGCGACAGCCAGUGGGAGCUUCCCCUUUCGGACCCGAUCCGGCCCCGGUUCCAGACGGAAACUCCACUUUUCAUCCUGUUAAGCAAUCACACGGGAGUAUCCCUGGGGGCAGCUUUACACAAUACCCGGUGAGACCUCAAUUUGCCACAGGCCUGCCUGUGGUUUCUCCGGUAACAGGCAGCGGUCCUGCUUGUGGUCAGGACACCAACAUGCUCCCUGGAACAAACUUCCCUGGAACAAGUCAGUCCCUCAUUCAGUUGUAUUCUGAUAUAAUCCCAGAAGAGAAGGGCAAAAAGAAAAGAACAAGGAAAAAGAAAAAAGAGGAUGAUGCUGAGUCAAUAAAUACCCCAUCCACACCUCAUUCGGAUAUAACUGCCCCUCCAACUCCCAUUGUUUCAGAUGCUGUCUCCACCCCAGCGGUGAGCACGCCUGGUGAACUUGCGCGCCAUCCAGGGGAAACAGAGGGUGAGGAGCUGCCGGGCUCAUCAACUCCAAAUGCUGCAGAGAGCCAGUCUUCCUUAGAAGUGAAAGGUCAGCUCUCCAAUAGUGAUUUGCCACAAAACAAAUUGCCCGAGCAAUCAAGCGUAAAGCCGGAGACAGACAAGGUCAAGACAGAUGCUCCUGUGAGCAUUCAGGAAAUUAGACUGGAAAAGACAGAAGCUGAUCAGUGCCCUAGUCAAGCUGAGCCUAAGAUGGAGAGUCAACGUGACAUUAAAGUGGAAGAGGAUAAAGCUACGACACAGCCUGCCCCUUCUUCGCAGAGUCCGCCACAAUCUGCCAGCAUCCCAGCAGCAAAAGGGGAAUCAGGGAAUGAACUCCUCAAGCACUUGCUUAAGAACAAAAAAUCUGCCUCUCUUCUCAAUCAGAAAUCAGAUCGCAGCAGCUUCCGCUCAGAAGAGAAUGCUGAGGAGAGCAAAUUCGUGGAAAAACAGGAUCUGGUUGAAGGUGGCAUGCAGUCUUUAGGGAAUCCAUUGCAAGGUACAUUUGGAUGUGGUAACAGCCAGAUUCAGAAAGCAGAUUUAGGACAUGAAAUGAAAAAACAACGAAACAAACGAACUCAGAGGGCAGGUGAGAAGGCGACACCUCGGACUAAGAGGAGAAAAAAAGAGGAAGAAGAAAAGCAGGCUAUUUACCCUAAUGCAGAAACAUUUAUGCAGUUAAAACAGCAACUCUCUUUGCUGCCUCUAAUGGAGCCAAUAAUUGGAGUGAGUUUUGCCCACUUUCUUCCUUAUGGCAGUGGUCAUCUGAGUAGUGGAAGUCGCCUUAUGGGAAGCUUUGGUGGCGCUACGCUUGAUGGGGUAUCAGAUUACUAUUCUCAGCUAAUCUACAAGCAGAAUAACCUCAGUAACCCUCCCACCCCACCCGCCUCCCUCCCACCUACGCCUCCACCUGUGACUUGUCCAAAAAUGGUAAAUGGAUUUGCAACCACUGAAGAACUUGCUACAAAGGCUGGAAUUCUGGGGGGACAUGAUGUUACCAAAGCUCUAGGACCGAAACCGUUCCAGCUGCCUUUCAGACCACAGGACGAUCUGUUAGCCAGAGCCAUGGCUCAGGGUCCUAAAAGUGUGGACGUUCCUGCUUCCCUUCCAACUCCGCCUCAUAACAAUCACGAAGAGCUAAGGGUUCAGGAUCCUUGUGAUGAUAGAGACACUCCAGACAGCUUUGUUCCUUCUUCCUCUCCUGAGAGUGUAAUGGGUAUGGAAAUAAGCCGGUACCCUGAUCUAUCAGCUGUAAAGGAAGAGAUGCCAGAGCCUGUCCCAUCUCCUAUCAUUCCAAUCCUACCUACCAGUUCUGGGAAAGGUUCAGAAGCAAAAAGGAACUAUAUCAAAACAGAACCUUGUUCUGGCUUCUUUGGCUCUCAGCUUGGACCUUCCCAAAAUGGCCCCAAAUCUGGCCUGGUAUCCAUUGCAAUUACGUUACACCCCACAGCAGCGGAGAAUAUUGGUAGUGUGGUGGCUGCAUUUUCCAACCUCUUGCAUGUCAGAAUUCCAAACAGUUAUGAAGUUAGCAAUGCGUCAGAAGUUCCAUCCUCCAUGGGCAUGCUGAACUCUCACAGAGGAAAUGCAACCUUUGAGUACAGACAGCAUUUAUUACUUCAUGGUCCUCAGCCGGGCAAUGGAGGCCCUCCUGGACUAACAGGGCCUUAUGGACUCAAGCCACAUCAUGCGCCGUUUCCUCCAAGUGGUAAUGUUUUGGCAGGCUAUAAGGUGCACAGCCCAAAUGUCGCAGAUGUUUCAGUGUUGAGGCCACAAUGGUGUUCUCAUUGUAAAGUGGUGGUUCUGGGCAGUGGAGUACGGAAAUCUUUCAAAGAUCUACCUUUCAAGAAACAGGAUUCGAGAGAGAAGUCUGAGAGAAUGGAGAGAGACUUUGUCUUCUGUAGCAACAAUUGCUUUGUUCUUUAUUCAGCAUCCAUGCAAGCAAAAAACUCAGAGAACAAGGAAUCAAUUUCUUCCUUAGCACAGUUUCCAAUGAAGGAGGCACCCCCAAAAGUGUUCCAUCAGUAUAACAACAACAUCUCUGCAUUAGACGUGCAUUGCCUCCCUCAGCUACAGGAAAAGAUUUCUCCGCCUACUUCGCCCCUUAUCAUCUUCCCUCCUGCUUUUGAAGCAGCCAGAGUGGAGCCAAAACCAGAUGAGCUUAAGGUAACAGUAAAACUAAAGCCACGUCUGAGAACAAUACCCAAUGGUUUUGAUGACUGUCGACCAGUAAGUAAGAAAUGGAAAGGAAUGAAGUGGAAAAAAUGGAACAUACAGAUUGUGAUUCCUAAAGGAACAUUUAAACCACCGUGUGAUGAGGAAAUAGAUGAGUUCCUCAAGAAAUUGGGCACAACUAUUAAACCUGAUCUAGUACCUAAGGACUACCGAAAGUGUUGCUUCUGUCACGAAGAGGGCGAUGGGCUAACAGAUGGACCAGCGAGACUUCUUAACCUUGACUUAGACCUUUGGGUCCAUUUGAAUUGUGCUCUUUGGUCUACUGAGGUCUAUGAGACACAAGCUGGUGCCUUAAUAAAUGUGGAACUAGCUCUGCGAAGGGGGUUGCAAAUGAAAUGCAUGUUCUGCCACAAGAUGGGCGCUACCAGCGGUUGUCACAGGUUAAGGUGCACCAAUAUAUAUCACUUUACCUGCGCCAUUAAAGCACAAUGCAUGUUUUUUAAAGACAAGACUAUGCUUUGCCCAAUGCACAAACCAAAGGGUGCUCAUGAGCAAGAACUCAGCUAUUUUGCAGUCUUCAGGCGUGUCUAUGUCCAGCGUGACGAAGUCCGACAGAUUGCUAGCAUAGUACAACGGGGGGACCGUGAGCACACCUUCCGAGUGGGAAGCCUAAUCUUUCACACUAUUGGCCAACUGCUGCCACACCAGAUGCAGGCCUUCCAUUCUUCAAAGGUGCUCUAUCCUGUGGGUUAUGAAGCCAGCCGGUUGUAUUGGAGUACACGGUAUGCCAACCGCAGAUGUCGCUACUUGUGUUCCAUUGAAGAGAAGGAUGGCCUUCCCCUGUUUGUGAUCAGGAUUACUGAGCACGGCCAUGAAGAUCUGGUUCUUACUGACUCAACCCCAAAAGGUGUUUGGGAUAAAAUCCUGGAGCCUGUUGCUUCUGUAAGGAAGAGUUCUGAAAUGCUCCAGCUCUUCACUGCCUAUCUGAAGGGCGAAGACCUUUUUGGGUUGACUGUCUCUGCAGUGGCUAGGAUAGCUGAAUCGCUUCCUGGGGUUGAGGCCUGUGAGCAUUACACCUUCCGGUAUGGUCGAAACCCACUCAUGGAACUCCCUCUUGCAAUCAACCCCACAGGCUGUGCCCGCUCUGAGCCGAAAAUGAGCAGCCAUGUCAAGAGGUUUGUGUUAAGGCCUCAUACCUUGAAUAGCACCAGCACUUCAAAGUCAUUUCAGAGCACAGUUACAGGAGAACUGAAUGCACCUUACAGUAAACAGUUUGUCCAUUCAAAGUCCUCUCAAUACCGAAAAAUGAAGACCGAAUGGAAAUCCAACGUCUAUUUGGCACGGUCGCGUAUUCAGGGUCUGGGCUUAUAUGCUGCUAGAGAUAUUGAAAAGCACACCAUGGUCAUUGAAUAUAUUGGAACCAUUAUCCGCAAUGAGGUAGCCA